ACAACGCCGGACCAGACAAUACGCAUGCGCAGUUGUUUUCCCAGAGUAGACAAUAGCCUGACUAACAAUCUAACCGACUAAACGAUGGGACAUUGUUGAUUUGAAGAUUUUUUUGCGGUUUUUGUGAAAUGAUAGUUUAUCCUCCGCCAGUGACCAUGGCGACUAGACGAGGAGUUCACCCGAGAUUCCUCAAGAAGAUGACAAACAUCAAGACUCCCAAGAGACAGGUGGUUCAAUGGAAGCAGACCAAUGUAGAGCACGGGGUGGUCAUUGUAGACGAGAAACAGCUGUUGAAGUUGAUCAAGACCGAGCCCAUAGAGAAAUAUUAUGAACUAGACCCUGAGCCGUUCGCCACAGGGUUGUUCGCCAACGUGCGCCGCUGCCGUUCCCGCGAGACAGGGGAGGUUUUUGCCGCCAAAUUCUCCAGCAGAGCUCGCUACGGAGAGGACUGCACUCAGGAGAUCCACCAUGAGAUAGCGUUGCUGUCUCUGUGUUCUCCAUCGCCCAGGAUAGUCCGGCUACACGACGUGUUUCAGUCCAGCACGGAGGUCAUCAUCGUCAUGGAGUUCGCCCCUGGUGGAGACAUGCAGACCAUCAUAGACGACAAUCUCGUACCUUUUGAGUCGGAUGUGGUCAAGUUUAUUCAACACGUAGUAGAAGGAUUGGCUUACCUACAUCAUCGCAAGAUAGCCCAUCUAGAUAUCAAGCCCCAAAACCUGGUGAUGAUGGGAGAUUUUCCCGACUGUGAUGUGAAGGUUUGUGAUUUUGAGAUAUCCAGAGUCAUCGUGGAAGGCACAGAAAUCAGAGAGAUACUUGGAACACCGGAGUAUGUUGCUCCUGAAAUCCUGCAUUACGAGCCUAUCACGUUAGCAGCAGACAUGUGGUCUCUGGGAGUGACAACAUACGUCCUCCUCACUGGGUUUUCCCCGUUUGGUGGAGAGACUGACCAAGAGACAUUCCUAAACAUCUCACAGGCUGCUCUUGACUUUCCAGACGAGCUGUUUGAGGACAUCUCUGAUGAUGCUAAGGACUUCAUCCGGCGACUUCUUGUCAGAGACCCAAAACACAGAAUGACAGCAAGGGAGUGCCUAAGACAUCGUUGGCUGGCAUCAAACCGCAAGACCAGCACCUGCAAGAACUCUCCAAGGACAGAGACAAUCGUCAACCCUCCAGACCCAUCUCGUAGAGUAGGUUGUUCAUCAUGUCCACCUUCCACCAACCAGAAGAACCUUCGCAAGUACUUGUCAAAGUCCAGAGAAGCACUGUUUGAAAAAGUCAUCUCCCGCUCCAAAGACCUUCCUCAGGAGAAUUUAAGAAAGUCCACGCUGAUGUCUCGUACUCGUCGGAUGUGCGAGAGUCAAAUGUCUUUAGUGUCCAAGUCUCGAGAGCGCCUAAUCUCAGAUCAACAGUCAAUGAUGACACCAGGGCUUCAUAAGUCUCGUGAGAAGCUAUACGGGCUGAGGAGUCUCUCCAAGUCUCAUGAAGUUCUCAAUCUCUGCAAAACAGUUGGGGCUCUCAAAACUGAUAUCAAAGUACCUGAAUCUUCUCCGCUCCGUGGAAUACUGAAGACUCUGACAAGAGCUACUACAAUCUCUACGAUGACCGAUGACAAAGAAAACAUCCGUCACCAAGACAACGGUGCAAACGUUGAAAAUAAUGAAGAUAGUGCACAAGAAUCAAAGAAAGAUGAGAGUCCUCAGCCAUCCACACAAUCAGAAGAGCCUUUUGAAAUGGAUGUGCCCGUUCCACCCGAAGUUCAGCCGUUGCAGUCAGUUCUAAAAUUCAUUUGUAAAAACAGCAUUAAUAACGAACCAAAAAAUAGCAAGGUGGAUGAUGAAGUUAACAAAGAAAAUGUUUCCGAUUCUCUAAAAGACGAUAAUGUCUUGGAGGGUUCUAAGGAAAAUAAAAAGGAUGAACAGUCUGUUUACAUGAGCAAAAAAGAAAAACACAGACCACCUCCACUAUUGACAAAGCAACUAUCGUUCAUUCAUUCUGAUGAUGAUCCUCAUUCUCCAGAUACAAAUCAUGACUCUUUAUCUCUCACUGAGGGUACAAGCACAUCCGGUUCUGAAAUUUCCGAUGAAGAUGCUGGUAGCUUAGAGAGAAUAACCAAUGACUUGUACUCAGAGGAAGAUGAACCAAGAUACACUGUCGCCCAACUAAUAUCUGCUUACAACCUACACCAAGAAAUAGUCACCAAGUGUUCUCUAGAGGUAACCAUGAAUGCUGGGCAGUUGGAAGAGAAAAUACCACCACUGAUUGAAAAAACACCCAACAAAAAGUUCCCCACUGGUGCAAACGCACUUAGACUCUUCAUCCCUAACAUAGACAUUGCUCUAAGAUCUGUUAAAAGAACAGCAAGGAAGAAGCCUACAAUGAGGCCUGCGCCAAAGUCCAUCAAUGAAGUCAAUGAGGAAACCAAAAAUUCAGAAGUUACUGAAACACAAACUCUCCCUUCAACAAACACUGAAGAAAGUCAUGUAGAUUCUAAAACCGAUACAUCCAACAAGACAAUAGACACCAAAUGUUCAACAAAGCUAACAAAAUCACAAUUAGAUACAGAUAAAACUAAUUCAAGAGAAUCCAAGUACAAACUAGAAAAAAGUAAUUCUAAGGAGAAAUGUCAUGUUGCGGGAGAAACAACAAAGGGCUUUGCCCGGUCUAGUUCCAUAUCUAGUGAAGCGAGCUUCAAGUCUAGCAGUGCGUCAAGUAAUGUAACAACGUCAAUGGAAGAGUUGACGUCAAGUGAGAGAAGGCCCAGGAGUAAUCGUUCCUCUGGGAUAGUCUCCAGUGACGGGGACCAACCAGAGAGCUGGAACAAUAAAACUCACAGUAGCUCUACCUCUCACAGUAGCUCCUCAAGAGCUCCAAUGGAUAGGUUGUCACAUGCGACACCGCGGCCAAACAGAAAGUCCUUCUGUAGCCCUCGAGCUCCUACAAUCCACACCGACUCAAAGACAAGGAGAAAGUCGAGUCCUAUCAUGAAACCAUUCUACUAGUGGUAAUCACCUUUUGGCAACAGAUCUAUCAGAAGUGAUAAAGACACUUUAAAGUUCGGGUUUGCUCUUUCCUUAAGUGUAAAUCACUUAAAUAAAUCAUUUCUAGAACUUUUUCUGUUCAAUCCACGUCUUUGCUACAAAGAUAGUGUUGCUUUUACAAGAUUUGUCUAGUAGUGAAAAUAAUGAAGAUUCUUGUACACGUACAGUGCAACAUUUUCUUGGUUGUGUAGAAAAGUGAGUGGACUAUUGUAAAUGAUGUUGUUUCUAGUCAUGAAGUUAAUGAGUAGCCCAUGUAAAAUAUAAGGUUUGAGCUUAGACAUAUAAUGUGAAGCUUAGACAUAUUUAUGUAUUUAUGUAUAUUUGAGUGUAUUAUGUAUUUGAAGUGUUUUAGUUUUAAGUUUUUCAGUUGUCAACUUGGCCUCCAUACCAAGAAGUUAACCGAUACAAUCCACACAGAACUUAUUUGACAAGCAAAAUUCAUGAAUGUUUUCACAUUAACUUAUUUGUAAAACUUACAAAAUUGUAUAGAUAUUACUAAUGAUUCACACAUUUUAAACUUCAGUUUAGGACUAAUUAUUUAUUUUAUUUAUUUAUUAUCUAUUUAUUUUCAAUUGAAACUUUAAAGUAAAGUUUUGAUGUGAUGCAAGAUUUGCUGAGCUUGUACAAAGUGUAAACAAGUUCUGUCUAUGUAGAAAGGAAAUAAACACUUUUCAGUGAA